GACCUGCGUUGCCGGGAGAGGGAGGGGGAAGGAAGGUCGCGCAGCGGGGCGACACGUCGCUGCGGACGGAUCCUGUUUCUGGUGGCGGAGGGAUUUGGUCGCACGCUAACUUCCGGUGAGCCCCGACCCGAGAGGAAAAGCCCCGAAGGAAACAAUAACAAACGCCGGAGGAAGCGGUUUUGGGGUGCGUGUGUCGAGCGGGUCUCUCCCGAGAAGAUGAGCUUCGGCCCCUGUCAGGGGACGUGAGCGCGAUCGCCGGGCCCCAGCCAGCCCUCCUCCCCGUGGGCCCCCGGUGCCACCAUGGCGGCCGUGGGGCCGGGGGGCUACGCGGCGGAGUUCGUGCCGCCUCCGGAGUGCCCGGUUUUUGAGCCCAGCUGGGAGGAGUUCACAGACCCGCUCAGCUUCAUCGGCCGCAUCCGGCCCCUGGCGGAGAAAACCGGCAUCUGUAAAAUCCGACCGCCCAAGGAUUGGCAGCCUCCGUUUGCAUGUGAAGUAAAAAGCUUCCGUUUUACUCCUAGAGUCCAGCGUCUGAAUGAACUUGAGGCAAUGACCAGAGUGAGAUUGGACUUCUUGGAUCAACUAGCAAAAUUUUGGGAACUUCAGGGGUCUACCCUCAAGAUCCCUGUGGUGGAGAGAAAAAUUCUGGAUCUCUAUGCUUUGAGCAAGAUUGUUGCCAGCAAAGGUGGUUUUGAAAUGGUCACCAAAGAGAAGAAAUGGUCUAAAGUGGGUAGCCGCUUGGGAUAUCUGCCAGGAAAAGGAACUGGGUCUCUUUUGAAGUCACAUUAUGAAAGAAUUCUCUACCCAUAUGAGCUCUUCCAGUCUGGUGUCAGCCUGAUGGGUGUACAAAUGCCUAAUUUAGAUCUUAAGGAAAAAGUGGAGCCUGAGGUUCUUGGCACUGAUGUCCAAACUCCCCCAGAGCCGGGCACAAGAGUGAACAUUCUGCCGAAGAGAACAAGGCGUGUCAAGUCUCAGUCAGAAUCUGGAGAAGUGAAUAGAAACACGGAACUGAAGAAACUUCGGAUUUUUGGGGCUGGGCCUAAGGUUGUGGGCUUGGCAAUGGGAGUAAAAGAUAAAGAAGAUGAGGUCUCCCGAAGACGAAAAGUUACCAACAGGUCAGACGCAUUUAACAUGCAAAUGAGACAACGGAAAGGAACUCUCUCUGUUAACUUUGUUGAUCUUUACGUUUGUAUGUUUUGUGGUCGGGGAAAUAAUGAAGAUAAAUUGCUGUUGUGUGAUGGAUGUGAUGACAGCUAUCAUACAUUUUGUUUAAUUCCCCCACUGCCUGAUGUGCCCAAAGGAGACUGGAGGUGUCCUAAAUGUGUCGCUGAGGAAUGUAAUAAACCUAGAGAAGCCUUUGGAUUUGAACAAGCUGUACGAGAGUAUACACUUCAGAGCUUUGGAGAGAUGGCAGAUAAUUUUAAGUCUGACUAUUUCAAUAUGCCAGUUCAUAUGGUUCCCACAGAACUAGUGGAGAAGGAAUUCUGGCGGCUGGUGAGCAGCAUUGAAGAAGAUGUUAUUGUAGAGUAUGGAGCUGACAUCUCCUCAAAAGACUUUGGAAGUGGAUUUCCUGUAAAGGAUGGUCGGAGAAAGAUGCUGCCAGAAGAAGAGGAAUAUGCGCUUUCUGGUUGGAACCUGAAUAACAUGCCUGUUCUAGAGCAGUCUGUUCUUGCACAUAUCAAUGUGGACAUCUCUGGCAUGAAGGUGCCAUGGCUUUAUGUGGGAAUGUGCUUCUCUUCCUUUUGCUGGCACAUCGAAGAUCACUGGAGCUAUUCCAUCAACUACUUGCACUGGGGGGAGCCAAAGACAUGGUAUGGUGUGCCAUCUCAUGCUGCAGAACAACUGGAGGAGGUGAUGAGGGAGCUGGCCCCUGAGUUAUUUGAAUCCCAGCCUGAUCUCCUACAUCAGUUAGUCACCAUCAUGAACCCCAAUGUGCUAAUGGAGCAUGGUGUGCCUGUGUAUAGGACCAAUCAGUGUGCUGGCGAGUUUGUUGUGACGUUUCCUCGGGCCUAUCACUCUGGAUUUAAUCAAGGCUACAACUUCGCUGAGGCUGUGAACUUCUGUACUGCUGACUGGUUGCCCAUUGGCCGUCAAUGUGUCAGUCAUUACCGUCGGCUGAGGCGCCAUUGCGUCUUCUCGCACGAGGAACUAAUUUUCAAGAUGGCAGCAGAUCCGGAAUGCUUGGACGUGGGGCUUGCCGCCAUGGUGUGCAAGGAGUUGACUCUCCUGACUGAAGAGGAGACACGGUUAAGGGAGUCUGUUAUGCAGAUGGGUGUCCUGAUGUCGGAAGAAGAAGUGUUUGAACUUGUUCCCGACGAUGAGCGACAGUGUUCAGCAUGCAGAACCACCUGUUUUCUCUCUGCUCUCACGUGCGCCUGUAAUCCUGAGCGGCUCGUGUGUCUCUACCAUCCAACUGAUCUGUGCCCCUGCCCCAUGCAGAAAAAAUGUCUCAGAUAUCGCUACCCAUUAGAGGACCUCCCUUCUCUGCUGUAUGGUGUGAAAGUCAGGGCACAGUCCUAUGACACUUGGGUCAGUCGUGUUACAGAAGCAUUAUCUGCCAACUUCAACCACAAGAAAGAUUUGAUUGAAUUACGAGUAAUGCUGGAAGAUGCUGAGGAUAGGAAAUAUCCAGAAAAUGAUCUCUUUCGAAAACUCAGGGAUGCUGUAAAAGAAGCUGAGACCUGUGCUUCUGUGGCUCAGCUGCUUCUGAGCAAAAAGCAGAAGCACAGGCAGAGCCCAGAUAGUGGGAGGACUCGGACCAAACUGACAGUGGAAGAGUUGAAGGCCUUUGUCCAACAGCUUUUUAGUCUUCCAUGUGUCAUCAGCCAAGCUCGACAAGUAAAGAAUCUACUGGAUGAUGUGGAAGAGUUUCAUGAACGUGCUCAGGAGGCCAUGAUGGAUGAAACCCCAGAUUCUUCCAAGCUGCAGAUGUUGAUAGAUAUGGGCUCUGGUCUCUACGUGGAGCUACCUGAAUUAGCCCGACUAAAGCAAGAGCUACAGCAGGCUCGAUGGUUGGAUGAAGUACGACUGACCCUGUCAGAUCCACAACAGGUCACUUUGGAUGUCAUGAAGAAAUUGAUAGACUCUGGGGUGGGGUUGGCACCCCACCAUGCCGUGGAGAAAGCAAUGGCUGAGCUUCAGGAGCUCCUUACGGUCUCUGAGCGAUGGGAAGAAAAGGCUAAGGUCUGCCUACAGGCAAGACCACGGCACAGUGUGGCAAGUUUAGAAAGCAUCGUGAAUGAAGCUAAGAACAUUCCAGCCUUUCUACCCAAUGUGUUGUCCCUGAAAGAAGCCUUACAAAAGGCUCGAGAAUGGACAACUAAAGUGGAAGCUAUUCAGAGUGGCAGCAGUUACGCUUACUUGGAGCAGCUGGAAAGCUUAUCUGCUAAAGGCCGCCCUCUCCCUGUGCGUCUUGAUGCGUUGCCCCAGGUGGAGUCACAAGUGGCGGCAGCACGGGCCUGGAGAGAACGGACUGGGAGGACCUUUCUUAAGAAGAAUUCCAGCCACACGUUGCUCCAGGUGCUUAGUCCCCGAACUGACAUCGGUAUUUAUGGGAGUGGAAAAAAUAGAAGGAAAAAAGUAAAAGAACUAAUAGAAAAAGAAAAAGAAAAGGAUCUGGACCUUGAACCUCUGAGUGAUCUGGAGGAGGGAUUGGAGGAAACCAGAGAUACAGCCACAGUGGUGGCAGUUUUCAAAGAACGGGAGCAAAAAGAGAUUGAAGCCAUGCAUUCCCUCAGAGCAGCCAACCUAGCCAAGAUGACAAUGGUAGACCGCAUAGAAGAAGUAAAAUUUUGCAUUUGCCGCAAGACAGCGAGUGGGUUUAUGCUCCAGUGUGAGCUCUGCAAAGACUGGUUUCAUAACAGCUGUGUUCCUCUUCCUAAGUCAAGUUCCCAGAAGAAAGGGUCUAGCUGGCAGGCUAAAGAAGUAAAAUUCCUUUGCCCUCUCUGUAUGCGGUCUCGAAGACCGAGGCUAGAGACUAUUCUGUCCCUCCUGGUAUCCCUUCAGAAGUUGCCUGUACGGCUGCCUGAAGGAGAGGCCCUUCAGUGUCUGACAGAACGUGCAAUGAGUUGGCAGGACAGGGCCCGGCAAGCCCUGGCCACAGGUGAGCUGUCCUCUGCCCUGGCCAAGCUCUCUGUGUUGAGCCAGCGGAUGGUGGAGCAGGCAGCUCGGGAGAAAACGGAAAAGAUCAUCAGCGCAGAGCUCCAAAAAGCCGCUGCCAAUCCAGACUUACAGGGACACUUACCUAGUUUCCAGCAGUCCGCCUUUAACCGGGUGGCGAGCAGUGUAUCUUCUUCCCCUCGGCAAACGGUGUACUAUGAUGAUGAAGAGACAGACUCCGACGCAGACAUUCGGGAGGCGUACGGCUACGACACAAAGGACACAGCCAGUGUGAAGUCCUCCAGCAGCCUGGAGCCCAGCCUUUUUUGUGAUGAAGAGAUCCCCAUCAAGUCCGAGGAGGUGGUCACGCACAUGUGGACGGCGCCCUCCUUCUGUGCUGAGCAUGCUUACUCGUCCGCCUCGAAGAGCUGUUCUCAAGUUUGGGGGAAAGGUUCUAGCACCCCAAGGAAGCAACCUCGGAAGAGCCCUCUGGUGCCCCGUAGUUUGGAGCCUCCGGUGCUAGAGUUAUCGCCUGGAGCUAAAGCCCAGCUGGAAGAACUUAUGAUGGUUGGCGAUCUCCUGGAGGUGUCUCUGGAUGAGACUCAACACAUAUGGCGGAUUUUGCAGGCCACACACCCACCCUCUGAAGACAGGUUCCUGCAUAUCAUGGAGGAUGACAGCAUGGAAGAGAAACCAUUAAAAAUAAAAGGAAAGGACUCUUCAGAGAAGAAACGGAAACGGAAGCUAGAAAAAGUAGAACAGCUUUUUGGCGAAGGAAAGCAGAAGUCCAAGGAGCUAAAGAAAAUGGAUAAACCUAAAAAGAAGAAAUUAAAAUUAAGUGCAGAAAAAUCAAAGGAGCUGAACAAACUGGCCAAGAAACUAGCAAAAGAAGAAGAGAGGAAGAAAAAGAAGGAGAAGGCUGCUGCAGCCAAAGUUGAACUUGUGAAGGAGAGCUCGGAGAAGAAGAGAGAGAAGAAGGUGCUGGACAUCCCCUCCAAGUAUGACUGGUCAGGAGCGGAGGAGUCCGACGACGAGAACGCUGUGUGUGCCGCGCAGAACUGCCAGAGGCCCUGCAAGGACAAGGUAGACUGGGUGCAGUGUGAUGGUGGCUGUGAUGAGUGGUUUCACCAAGUUUGUGUGGGUGUAUCUCCAGAAAUGGCUGAAAAUGAAGAUUACAUCUGUACAAACUGUGCAAAGAAGCAGGGGCCGGAUAGCCCAGGUCCAGCACCACCUCCUUCUUUCAUAAUGAGCUACAAACUACCAGUGGAGGAUCUUAAAGAGACCAGUUAGCAGAUGCUGGGUUAGUUUGGGACAUGGGGGAAAACGGACCACACAGAGACCUUAGUCAGUAGAGUGGUUUAGAUCCACUCAGAAUGUUGCUUCCAAAGACGAAUGGCCUUCUGAGCAAGUCCUCCCAGCCGACUUCCUCUUUGCAUGGACGUGGGAUCUGCGUUCUCUGUCAGCACAUCUGUGCCGAGGGUGUCUGCUUUGGUCCAGCAGCCGGUGUUUCAGUUCGUGUCUCCUCUGAGAUUGCUUGUCACAUUAAGGCCAGACAUUUGAGCUCUAGGGUGGCUGGCUGGCAUUAGUGCAUUGGUGUGCUGGCAGGGCAUGUAGGAUGCAGCUUCUGGCCAGUCGGUACUAGUUAGAGGUUUGCAGCCAGCACCAUCCAGAGGUGCUGAUGACUUGGAUCUCCUUAGUUAGGCCAGUGGGAGAGGAGUAGAGUAGCAGUUUCCUUCCGCUCUGCCCUGGCAUUUGACGCCCUACACAUCCAGCUAGGAGAGGGCCAGGGCUGAAGUUAGUCCUGUUAGAGGCCAUGGGUAGUGGCACAGCCUGUAGACCUCAGCUCCAUGUGCUUGUCUGUACCAAGAAGAAAACCCCAGUUGAGAGGCAGAUCACCUCAUCUUCCUAAGGAGGAGGAUGGCAUCUAGUUCAGAAGUCUGACUAGAUUGGAUUCUGGGAAGAAGAGAUUUUAUUUCAAGGCAAGGAGCCUUUUUUUGGCUUUGAGAAGUCUUGCUGUCUUGGCUCUACAUUUUAAAGAAGAGCAGGUACGUGGAUCCAGGCUUCUGCGGUAGCAAAGAAGACAAGUCAGAAUGUUUGACUGAGCCACAGCGGUGCCUGCUUUUCGGGGAACCCUUCAUUCACAAGUGCACCAGGUGCCACCAGGCUUCAGGCAUGGCCCCGAGCAAGACCAGCAAAUAACAGCUCUUGCCUUGCAGUCCGGCCCCCACUGGCUGUGGUUUCCAGGACUGGCCGUUUCUGACUGUGGCCCACGGCAGAUGCUGUCGCACAGCACGUGGCUUCAUCAGAAGACGUGGGCUUAAAGUACCUCUGGUGACAAAGUUGUUUUAGUAAAUCCAUUUUUAAAAAAAAGAAAAAAGGACUUGUUUUUACUUUUUUCUAAAUGUCUCUGACUACUGACUGUUCUAUAAAUAGAUUAUUUUUCCUUUUUUAAUAUACACAUAUGAAUAUAUAAAUAUAUAUAUAUAUAAAUAUAUAUAUAUAUAUUUACCGUUACCAGCAGCUUAUGACAGAGUUUCAGCAUCAAAAAUCCAUUUGGGGGCUUGCUUUCUCGUCUUGCUUUUUAAUAAAGGAAUCCCAUUCCUUCCUUGUAGUACAAGGAGUUAGCACUUCCUUCUCCAUCCUAGCCUGACCAGAUCUUCCAUGUUGGUUUUGUUCAAAUAGGUAAUUAUAUUUCGUUGGUGUGUUGGGACUUGUCCCUUUCUGUGGGGAAACCUGGUCAUACUGUAUCUGUGAUGGUAGUUCUGUUUUGUACGUGAAAGUUUGGAACUACGGUGCUGUGUUCUCCCUCCUGUUGUGUUCUGUGUCCUUGUGAAGGUGUUAGGUAAGCUGUAUGGAAACUCUUAUUAGAAGGGGACUAAUUUUUUUUUUUUUUUUUUUAGGACAAAAAAACCCAAAAACCCACCAAACAAACUAAAAAUGGUGUUUUGUCUUCACUAUCCUGUGUCCCUUUAUUUUAGUUUAAAGAUCUGUGGUUUGACUUAAAUUCAUCAGUUUUCCUUUUAAAAGGGGGGAGCAGGGUGGGCCCAGAGAGCAGCUUUUAGUCUUGUCUUCCCUUUUUGCCCCGAUCUCUUUUAAAGAAAUGUCUUCUAGUAACUAGAAGUGAAAUGUACUGUCCAGUCACAGUUUGCGUGGGUAUGAGAUUUAACUCAAAAGGCAUCUUACUAAAAAAAGCGAAACCUUUCCUAUAAAAUCCAGUUUCUGGAAAUGCUUUCUCUAUGGUUCUACUACCUAUUUUUUAGUCACUUCUCCCUUAAUAUCACGUAACAUUUUGAGUGUCUUGGCCUGUUAAGAGGUUCGUAAGUGUUGGUGUGCAUGGGUCUUAAAAUCUCAUCUCAAGUGUGUGUAUGAUUUAAGAUUUCAAUGCAAAUUACAAGGUAACUAAGUAACCAGUUUCAUAAGUUAUCAUUUUGCCAGUCUCUCAAUACAUAAAGAUAUUACUACUUAGUUAAGAAUUUCAUCUGGUUGAUAUUAUAGAAGAAAGCACAAUGUUUUUUGCCUUUCGGUCUUCUCUGUAGAAGUCUUCGCAAGUGCUUGUGGGUUAAAAAUUGAAUGCAGUCUUAAGUGAUGGCUGCCCGGAAUACAUUUAAAAAUACCUUGUUUUUCCUUCAUUCCUCAGCUACCAGUGGAGGGGCAUGAGGUGCUGAGAAAGACAGCUAAGGUGCUCUGCCACCUGUAGUGUGGUGGAUGGAUAGAGGGCUGUUUAGGGAACAAUUUAUGUUCAUAAUAGGUAUUUGCCUGCAUAUUUGACUGAGAGAAAAACGCAAGGCAGUCUCCAACCAUGAAUAGCUAGCUCCCUGUUUAUCUUCGGACAUUUUGAAACUCAAAUAUAUCAUUUAAUUCAUACUGUGGGAUUUUCUGUAUUUAUUUGAAAGUCACAGAGGAUUUGGUCUGACUUUUGACCAUUUAGACCAAAGGUUGAGAACAGAUGAGAGACAGUUAAAAAAAAGA